UGGCCGGCGGUGGCUCCUGACCAAUCGGUGAGGAACGUGGAGGUGAUCGAGCCGGUGACAGAGUGGGCUCCGUCGCUGGGGAAGACCAAGCAGGGGGAAGACCAAGUCUAAAGCCAAGUCAGAUGAUAAGUUCUACUCUGACUCUGGAGAGGAGGAGGAGGGGGAGGAGGAUGAAGAUGAAGGCUCUGGCAGUAGCAGCAGUGAAGACAGCAGCAGCAACAGUAGCAGUGAAGAGUCGGGCAGCGAGGAUGACAGCGACGACGAGAAGAGCAGCAACGACUCUGACAAGAGCUCCAGCCAAUCAGAGAAGAGCUCCAGCCAGUCUGAGACGGAACAGAAGAAGAAGAAGAAGACCAAGAAAGCACCACAGAAGAAGAAGGCCAAACCCACAGCCAAAGACAGUGACUCUGACGAGAACGGGAACGCUCCCAUGGCCAGCAGCUCGUCUCCUGAGAGCUCCUCUGAGUCCGAGUCCGCUUCUGAAGACGACUCGGCGUCCGACUCGGGCACGGAACAGAAGAAGAAGAAGAAGAGCCCGUCGAAACCCAAGGUGGAGGGGACACCGGGAAAGGAAAUGUCUCUGUUGGACCUAGACGACUUCUCUCCCACUCCUGUGACCACGUCCAAGUCCUCGGUCCUGUCCCCCAGCCUGUUCUCUGACCUGGAGGGGCUCUCUCUCUCCAACGUGUCCUCUGUCAUCCAGGUGAGCUCCCCAGCCUUCCUGGACGUGAAGAGCCACAGCCUGCUCCACAAGAUGACAGGGAAGGGGCUGUCGGCCCAGUACCACUUCCCCAGGCAGACCUGCCUGGCCCAGCCCAGCAUGGUGGCUGUCCAGAUCAGCCUCACCAACGGCUCCGACCAGCCCCUGGACCACAUCCACAUAGACAAGAGCCCUGCCGGACUCGACAUCCACUGUUUCAACACCAUAG